UUCUGCCUCUUCUUCUGUUUCUUGAGCUUCUUCUUCAAAUGGAUGAUCAUAUGAGAUGGAAGAAUAAAGAAAGGGAGACCAGGAAGCACACCCCACCUGCCUACCCUAUACUACUCUAGUACUUUCUUUCUUCAUUCCCCACCUUUGGCUUUUAAAGUUUUGAUUUAGUCCCAUAAAACAGUAAAAGAGAGAGAGAAAGAGAAAAGAGAGAAAAGUAAAGGCUUCCCAUCAUCAUUACCGUUAUUAUCAUUGCUUCAUCAACCCACAAAACAGAACUUAAAUUCCAAACAAGUCUCUACCUGGAUCUCUUUUCUCCUUCCAUUCACCUUUUUUCUUCUUUUUGCACCUUCCAACACACAUCUCUCCUUUCUCAAGUUUUCUUUUAUUCCAUCCUUCCCUCUCUCUCUCUCUCUUCUUCUCCAUUUUUCUUCCAUCCAAGGAACCUCUGAUUCUUCAAAAUAUAUGUACUUAAUUGAUAAAGGGAACAGGGAAUUACCCUGUUUCUUUGUCGAUUCCAUCGAUACCUCUCUUAUUUCAGAAAAAAUUUCUGCUCUUUGUUUCAAACUGAGGAGAAGAUAAACAAAGGAAGUUUAGAGGAGAACUAGGAGAGGAAGAAGAAGAAAAUCCUUGAAAGGAUGGGCACAAGGGUUCUUCAGUUUCUCAUGUUCUUCCUUUUGGGGUUUUUCCUUUGUGCAGGUUCAACUGUUACAGAGACACCUUUGAAUAUUGGAUCAACUUGGCACAUCAAAGAAUUAGAACAUCAUGAAGUAGCAACCAAAAGGGAUGUCAUCACACCAAUAACUACUGUUCCAAUGGCCAAUCCUACUCCAAUCCCAUCAACAACAAUAGCAUCUCCUCCUGCUAUGACAAAUCCAGUCACUCCACCGACGACACUGACACCGACAAUUACAAGCCCAACUACUACCACUCCGGCAACCACAGGAGGAGGAAUCCCUGCAUCAACAGGAGGAAGCUGGUGUCUUGCAACCCAAAGUGCUUCAGAAACUGCUUUGCAGGUGGCUCUUGAUUAUGCCUGUGGGUUCGGCGGUGCAGAUUGUUCUGCAAUUCAAUCCAGUGGACCUUGUUACAAUCCAAAUACAGUUCGUGAUCACGCAUCUUAUGCAUUCAAUAACUACUUCCAGAAGAACCCAAAUCCGAAUAGCUGCAACUUUGGAGGAACUGCUGUUAUAACAAAUGUUGAUCCAAGUAACGGAUCAUGUGCCUAUCCAUCAACCAGUACAAGUGCUUCAGUUUUGAACACUACCAACCCCAUUGGAUCAACAGUAUACGGAGCAGAACCUAAUGGAUCCAACAAUUCAGCAGCUUCCUGUGUCUCACAUGGUUUACUGAAGUUCUUCACCAUGUCAAGCAUCUUGGUUUCAGUUCUAGCAGUAAGAUGGAUAUGACAGCAACUUCACUCCACAACGAGGCAAUUCUCUCAAUUGCCACGUCAAGCUACUUUUUUCUAUGAGCAUACAUAUAGUAAAGGGGAAAUGGAGGGGGGAGGCAUUGAAGAUUGAAUUAAGGAUUUAUUAUACAUCAGGCGAGGCCUUCACCAAGAAAUCAAGCUACUACUACAGAUGAUGACUUCUGCCUGAUGAGUCUCACAAGUACAUAAGAGCAAUGUAAAUGAUGAGUUCUCCCUCCUAGUGGUACACACCAUAGAUAGUUAAGCUAGCUCCCUUCUUUGUAGUGUUAAAACAAUAAAAUUCUUUCAGAAAAAGUCCAUCUGUAUUUGGACUGCUUUUGUUGUGGUUAGGCUGAUUUAAAGAGUGUUAGGUGCAGUGUCAAAAGAAACCAAAGUGAGUUUUCAACUUACCAGCUUAGUACAAUUUAUAAAGCAUUGCCUUCCACAUUAUUAGUUAAGGCAAAAGGUUUUGUGCA